GGGGGAAGGUGGGCCUCACCCUAGGGGACAGCGAGGAGGAACUUCCUGCCCGCGCGCGCUCCUUCGCGCUGAGCGCACGGGCUGGGAGGCUGCAGGCGCGUCAAGGUCAGCCUGGACCGGGGUGGCCGCCAGCCUGGGGGCGGGAGACCCUUGGGGAAGGGGGGCUGGGCUGUGGCCUCCAAGCGCCUCGGCCAUAUUGAAUAGCCCCGGCUGAGCCGUCUUUGUGUGCGCAGGCCUCUCCCAAGGUGCAGGCGCGUCCCCGACGCGGGAAGAGCCCCGGGGGCAGCCGGUGCCCUAACUUGGAACCGGGACCCCACGUUUGCAGCUGGCGGUGGGCUUCGAAGCCUCAGGACGGACCGCUCCCCGGCUCACGUAAGCAUCCUGGGAACCGAUUCCCGCCAGUCCUUGGGGCGGGGGAGCCGGACUUCGUCAAGACUGAACUUUGUGGCGGGCGGAGAAGUUGGGAGGGAUCGGCUCAUCCUCGGCUGGAGAGGCGAGACCCUCCUGGCAGUUCUGCGGGGACGCCCCCCACUCGCCCCCACCCUCCAAGACUCAGGCCUACAGUGUAGUUUGGGGUCGUUGCCCCCACCCCCGAUUUCACCCUGGAGAUCUUAAAGACCCUCGAGAAAAGCCACGUGGGGGGCUGGUUCCCCUGGGGUUUCCUCCCCUCCCCCGACUGCCUGAUCCUCUGGAGCGUGCCUGAUGUCUGCAAAGAUGUGGAUUUGGACGUCCUCGUGGAAGCCUUGAAGCCCGUGGGGACCUUUAAGAAGAUUGGCAAGGUGUUCCGCAGGGAGGAGGACUCCACGGUGGGGAUGUUGCAGAUCGGGGAGGACGUCGACUAUCUGCUCAUCCCCCGGGAGGUCAGGCUGGCGGGAGGCGUGUGGAGGGUCAUCUCCAAGCCCGCCACCAAGGAGGCGGAAUUUCGCGAGCGGCUGAUCCAGUUUCUGGAGGAAGAAGGCCGCACACUGGAGGACGUAGCCCGCAUCAUUGAGAAGAGCACCCCACACCCGCCCCAGCCCCCCAAAAAGCCCAAGGAGCCCGGGGUGAGGAGGAGAGUCCAGCAGAUGGUGACCCCGCCCCCGCGGCUGGUGGUGGGCACCUAUGACAGCAGCAAUGCCAGCGACAGCGAGUUCAGUGACUUCGAGACCUCCAGAGACAAGGGGGACAAGGGGGACAAGGGUCACAAAGGCACGGGGUGCAGCAGGAAAGUGCGCAAAAUGCCAGUCAGUUACCUGGGCAGCAAAUUUCUGGGGAGCGACCUGGAGAGCGAGGACGACCAGGAGCUGGUGGAGGCCUUCCUGCAGCGAGGGGAGAAAAAGCCCAGCGCGCCACCUGCCCGCCGCCGCGUGAACCUGCCAGUGCCCAUGUUCGAGGACAACCCCAGGCCGCAGCUGUCCAAGGCAGACAGGUGGCGAGAGUAUGUCAGCCAGGUGUCCUGGGGGAAGCUGAAGCGGAGGGUGAAGGGUUGGGCGCCCAGGUCCAGCCCUGAGGGGGGUGAAGCCCAGCAGGUAUCCACCAGGCCGGAGAGGGUUGGGGCCUCGGGGUCAGGCAGAGCCAGCCUGGGGGACAAUGUGGGCAACACAGGAGAUGGGUGGGAGCCUGAGAUGCCCCCAAGACGAUGGAGGCCCAAAAUCAAAUGGGCCUCUUUUCGCCGUUGCAGGAGGGAAGAAGCGGCAUCCACAGAUCAGAGGGCGGAGGCUGCAGAUGAUCAAAGAGUUGAGGCAGCAGAUGAUCAGAGGGUGGAGGCUGCAGAUGAUCAGAGAGCUGAGGCUGCAGAUGAUCAGAGAGCAGGGGCUGCAGAUGAUCAGAGGGUGGAGGCUGCAGAUGAUCAGAGAGCAGGGGCUGCAGAUGAUCAGAGGGUGGAGGCUGCAGAUAAUCAGAGAGCUGAGGCUGCAGAUGAUCAGAGAGCAGGGGCUGCAGAUGAUCAGAGGGUGGAGGCUGCAGAUGAUCAGAGAGCAGGGGCUGCAGAUGAUCAGAGGGUGGAGGCUGCAGAUGAUCAGAGAGCAGGGGCUGCAGAUGAUCAGGGGGCUGAGGCGGCAGAUAAUCAGAGGAUACAGGCUGUAGAAAAUCAGAGGGCAGAGGUUGAGGAUAAUCCAGGGGCAGAAGCCAUAGCUGUCCAGAGGGCAGAGGCUGCAAAUAAUCAGAGGGAAGGGGCUGCAGAUAAUCAAAGGGCAGAGGCCCAAGCUGUCCAGGGGGCUGAGGCUGCAUCUGAUGGGGCAGAAGCCACAGCUGACCAGAGGGCAGAAGCUGUACAGAACCAAAGGGCUGAAGCCCCAGCUGCUCGGGGGGCCAUAGGGACAACUCAGGGAGCUAAGGCCCGGAAACAGGUCAAGACAGUGAGGUUCCAGACUCCUGGCCGUUUUUCAUGGUUUCGCAAGCGCCGGAGAGCCUUCUGGCACACUCCCCGGUUGCCAACCCUGCCCAAGAGAGUUCCCAGGGCAGGUGAGGCCAGGAGCCUUAGGGUGUUGAGGGCAGAGGCCAGAGCAGAAGCAGAGCAGGGAGAAUGGGAAGACCAGUUGUGAGGUGAAGAUAGGGGUGCCCUGAAACUCAUGGCUUCCUGCCGCCAUACUUGAAAAUGGAGGUGGACAAGGGCAGGGCAGCGGGCCUCCCAUCUCCACCCAGCACCCCUCUGUCUUGUUAAAAGUUUAUCUUUCAUGUAUUAAUUUAAAAAAAAAAAAACACAGAUUCCUUCUAGUCACCCAAGGAACGUAAAGAAAGUCAACCAUACAAAGGGGUCGCAUCGCUCAUGAUCUUAACUUCUACAAUGCAAUUCUAGGUGCUCGGCUUGAAGUGGGGGAAGCAGCAGAGAUACUCCCUCCCCCUCUCCUCUCCCUUUCUCUUCUUUUCUACUGUCCCCUUAACAUUGUCAGCAUCCUUGAACUUAAAAAAAGGGCGCAAGCCCACAUGCAAAUAAAAAUGUUUACCACGGGA